AUGAAACCCCAGAAGGAUCUCAUCAAGGUGAUCAACGCCCAAGAGGGUCACGACAACCAUCAACGCGGCGAACACAGAGCAGAGAUCACUGAAUUCGAAGCGCUGACAUCGUACAACUGGACCCACUUACCUCUUGACAGUUUACUUCUGCAGACUAGAUGGAGUGCAUGCACGCCUGUGUCCUCGUCUAGCUACAAGAGAGUCGUCCCUGUCGCUGCAAAGCAACCUGGCAGUCCUCUUCUGUGGCAUCCACCUAGCUCCGAUCUCAAACUCAACCUUGCGCCCAGCACAGAUUAUCGCGACUAUGAGCACAAUCUUGCUCUCAAGAACGAGAUGGAUGACGCUGUCCGCUACAUAACCUCCUUGGGCUACAGAUUUGUGACUUCGGACAUCGACAUCUUCACUAGCGAUCACACUCUGAAGACGCUCCUCAAGUUUGCGCAGGGCGACGGAACUCCUUUCCAGAUCAUGAUGCAGAAGGUUAGCAGUACUCUGUUCUUGGUCGAAAAGGGCAAAUCAGCGACAAUGGAGAUGGAUCUCACUCGCUCCCUCCAAGAGGCCUGCACGAACUGGCCGGCCGACUUGAAGUCCUUGAGUCACCAGCGCCUCAUCAAGUACAACUUCGAUGGCAUCCAAUGCUUAGUGCGCUUCGAAGCAGAUGGCUCUCUCGACAAGACAGAUCGACUCAUGGCAGCUGCUCUCAUCAGUGACCUUGCUCGCUCCGACUUUCCCAGAACCGCACAGCUAGAAUCGCCAGUCCUGGAGAUGAACAUGCGCGCAUCUGCUACAACCGGAAUCGAAAGUGCGUUCUCUGCGCAGCCCUUGAAGAGGUCAAGCCCUGGGUCAAACACUACUGCCAACAAUGUAUCUUCUACUGAAUACCACUGGUCUCAGCAAGAGACCAUGGCCGAGUUCCGUAUCAAACAACAGCAGUUGGCCGAUGAGGAAGAAGCCCUAAAGCCAGCAACUCCAGCGCUUACCUCUCACCCUGAAGACAUCGGACUUGGCGGAGGAGAUUUUACCAUGCCACAACCCAAGAAAUCCGAGCCUGAAGAACAAAAGAAGUCAGAAACAUCACCCAUUGUCCAACACGACCGCUACUUGGAGCAGUACCCAACCUCCCAGUUCUGCUCUAUCACCAACACAGAGCCAGAUGUCGCCCAAAAUUUCUUUGACAUGGCUGGAGGCGAGUCUCAGAGAGCUCUUGACCUCUACUACGACUUUCAGAGAACCGGCCUGAUCGCUCGCUUCGCCACAAUCACCAAGACAACAAUUCAGGAAGCCAAACAGUGCCUCAAGUCUUGCAAGGACGACUACGACAAAGCCCUCCGUCUUCACGCAACCAAAUCGAGGUUCCCCGGUAAGAAUGUAGGCCGUAUCUUCAAGAGAGAAGAAUUGGAUCGCGAGGCCCUCCAAGACGCCAUCCAAGCCAAGAACCGCAAUGGCGUUCCUCAUUCAGCACUGUUCACACUCAACUGCGCAUCCGAAAAGUCCGCCUCUAGCAAAUUCAGCCUCUCAAACGACCAGCUCCUUCGUUUCUGGAUUACCCGCAUCCCAAGCGUCAUUACUGCACACUACGAUUUCCACGCCAAUGUCAGCUCGAUCACCUACACCGACGUCCGAGGUCAGAUGCGCGAGUGGGAGCGCGAGAACCAGCACACACUCGUCAAGCUAUCUGCACUUCUGAAGGACGUCAAGAACACUGCUCGCCAAGACCGCAACAUGAUACUCAGUGUCAACGAGAAGUACAAGAUGGAGAUUCGCAAGGCCAGCGGCGCGGAGAUUGACGUUUUGUCUGAUUAUCAGAAGAGACUCUGGUUGGAUCGCGCUAGACUUGAGGAUGAGGAAGAGGAGGAUUCUGCUGAUGAUGACGAUGACGACGAUGACGAUGGUGGAGAGAGUAUGGAUGAAGACGAUGAUGAUGGUGAUCCAUACGAAAGUGAGGAAGAAGUUGAAGGACAAAAGGCCAGAAACUACCUGUCAGACACGAGCUCUGAGUGGGAGCGCGAGUACGAUUCUAGCGACAACGAAGACAACGAUGGUGAUGCCUAA